AUGUAUAUUCCACAAAAGCGGGAGAUCUCGAUCAUCACAGAGCAUUGGAAUAUGCCUCAUGUCACUCUUGACGCCGCUGGGCUUGUCGCGCUUGCUGAUCUGGACAUUAUUGCUCGACGUACUGCCCUCUCCGGAACCUCUCGAUUUGCCGACGUUUUCGUGCUCUGUCCAGGCCUGCACAAACAACAAUCAGCUAGCGAGCUGAAUCGUGGGGAGUUUCCAGCCUGCGCGGCGAUGACCACUGGUUAUGCCUUCCGAAUUGAGAACCCAGCAACUGUGGCCUUCCUGCAAAGCGUCGCAAGAACGGCACAUUUGACCAAUGUCCAAGUCACAUACGCCAAAAGCCAUUGCGAAGAAUGGACGACCACCAAGCUCUUUUGCAGAACGGCUCCGUAUGCUUUCUGCUGCGUUCUCACAAUAUCUGCCCUCAUCAUAUUCGCUUUGAUCAGAGACUGGUGGGCCGUCACAUCCGUCAGCAUCUUGAUGUUUGCACGACUAUGCAACGUCUUUGUGGUCAAGAAACGGGUCGAAAGAGCUGGCGAAUGGAAAGGUGCGAGCGAGCCAGGUGUCCAAGGUGAUCUACUCGUGCUUUUGGCUCAGGAUCGUUGGAUCAGAAUCCAGGGCGCUGUCGAUGAUCUCAAAGCAGUGACAUCUGGACAAUGGCUGGCCGAGAUGACCCCUCUGGAAAAUGCAGUAUCUGCUUUAGCGACGAUGAUGGUGUAUCUGGAUGCCGCACUGACUAGCAAUGCGUCUCAGCUAGGAAAGAUCUUGCUUCUGGUUCUUUUAAUAGGCUCUGCUGGCUUCUUGGCCAUAGCUAACGAGCAGACUGAAGCUCUACACAUGCAUGGUCGCGUGCUGCAAGUUCAGAAAGAGCGCAAGGCUUACGACCGAAGGCUGUCCAUGGCANAAGAGCUCAUACAUGCUUCAGGUAGAUCUGACUGGGCCUUGAAGCUUGGUUUAGUGAAUGAAAAGGACUGCGACGAGAAGUGCGCCAGCACGACCUCCUCUGUCAUAAUGUAG